UUUCUGAUCCGAUCGCCGUUUUCAACUGUUUUAUUCAACGCGCCUCCCGGAAGCUCAUUCCGAUUCGUGUGGGAAGGUAUUUCUGUUGCUGUAGCCAAUGCUUCUCUCCUGCAGACGAAUAAAACAGGCAGUGAGGGUUCGAUGCCAGAAUUCGAUUGCGGCGGCACAUUAGUAGCAACAUAUAAACCACAGUAUCUGACAAAUCCUGGCGCUACGGAUGCAGAUGGAAAAUUCACAACCAUUCCUCCACAAACCACCACUUUGGAGCCGUGGCGCACUCUGCAUAUGUAUCGCCUACUAAGAUGGCACGGAGGCUACGCGGAUAAUUUAAAAUGCCGUUGGACGAUCGUUCGCCCGAUGUUCACCGGACUGUUACUCAAAAUCAUAUCAAUGGAUCUGGAAGAACAUGUUGAUUGCCGAUUUGAUUAUGUUGCUAUUUCGUCGGACGCAAACUUUGUGACUUACGAGGAUGGACAACUCACGGGUGACAUUGCAAAAUACUGCAAACACAAAGAUGUGGGAAGCAGAGAAGUAUUUAACUCAGAUGAAGUGGUAUCUGUCUAUUUCAUGACCGAUCGGAAUAGAGCCGGGCAAGGAUUUGUUAUUGAGUACAGACUUGUAUGUCAGUCGUUCCACUACAUACAAACAUCAAUGGGAGUGUUCGAUCAAGUGUUGCAUAGUCCCAAUUAUCCCGAUCAGUAUGACAACAAUCUGACAUGCUCUUGGUCAAUUUUGUUGGAAAGCAGUCGUUCAAUCCUAGCCAAAUUCGUAAGCAUGGACAUCGAACAGAGUGAAGGCUGCACGAAGGACAGCAUUUCGGUGGUGAGUGCAUGA